GUUUGCGGUUGUUGCAGCAGCGAAAAACGCACAUCACCAAUUCUCCGUCACCUACCCUUGACGUUUGCAUUACCACCGAACCUCGACAACUCCAAACCAAGCAAACCACCGCCUGGAGGUCACCCUCUCUCCGCCCACUUCUUGCCCGACAACAAUCGUCGCAUACCAUGUCAACAUCACUCUGAGCACAUUGUCUCUCUGACCAGCGCAUCGAACAAGCAAAAAGUCAAGAUGGGCAGUCAACAAAGUGUGCCGGAAGGCGAAGAUGGCGACGUCAGAAGCCGGUCAGCCUCGCCCUUGGUUCAGGAAGACAACCACUGGGGAAAAUACGAAAACAACGAGAGCUACGAUGCCAUUCCCGGCGUACCCUACGGCCAGCAGUUCGACGAGCAACCUCAAUCACCCGUCGCGCCUCCCUCAGGCGAGCGCAAGAAAAAGAAAAAGAAGAAGAGCAAGCACCGACGCUCGCCCUCCCCUGCUGUUGAGCCCGACGUGAACGGCGAUUCCCACCACCAAGACCCAACUUUCGCAGACCCCGAACCUGCCGCGACCGAGGAACACGAACUCCCAGAAGCUGGCAAGAAAAAGAAAAAGAAAAAGAAGAGGUCCAAGCCCGAGCCCCAGGUCGAGGAGGAGGAGCAACAAGCCGAGCCCGACCAUGAGUUGCCCGUUGACUCCCCCGCUGCGCACGAGUCACCCAACCUCAAGUUCGAACGCCCUGAAGUCGCCGAGCCCGAACCACAAUCCGCUGCUCAAGGAUCUGCCAAGUUCAAGAAAAGGAGUCGCAAGUCGAAGAAGGUCACUGUCGACAUUUCGGACGAUCCCAUUAGCGAUGGCGAGGACAAUGUUCAGCGAACCACAAAGAUCCACAGAGGCGAGGCUCCGAGUUCCGAGCACCAUGUCAAGAGGCGAAGGCUAUCUCCCGAGCCUGUUGCCGAAGAGGAGGACGAGUACGACCAUGUGGAGGUUGAUGCUUCGUUCGUUAAGAGGGAACCCGGUGCCGACGAGCAUGAGCCAAGCAUGGUUGGUGGCCAUGAACAUACAUCGCCCCUCGUGGCCCGUGAGCGACGAAGGGCUAGCUCUGCUUCGCAACAUCCCGUCGAGGUUGCUUCAAGCGCUCCUCUGGUACCACAGUUUGCUACUCAACAGUCUUUGAGCUUCCACGAUGACAGCUUCCGCAUUCCUGCUUCGAUCCAUCCAAUGGACUUGGACGAUCAUAUCAAUGGCCUUCCCAACACUCAGGAUUUUGCCGAUGGUUUGCCCCCAAGCUCUCAGGCACAGUUCGAUGGCUUUCCUCACAGCUCCCAGCGACCUCGCACUGACGGUCUCCCGGCUAUGAACGACCUCCCGGCUAUGAACAACAGCAUGUGGGAAGACAACAUGCGUCAUGAUGCUAUCGACGAGGACGAGCCAGAGGAUGAUUAUAGCAACGAGGGGUACAUGCAUGAUGCGGACGAGGUCGAGGCAGAUAAAGCUGACGUGGAGACUGCUUCUUCGGCGGGCGAUCCUGAACCUGACAACCACUCUGAUCACGAAAUGGAUGUCGACCAAGCAGUUGCCGACAACGAAGAACCAAGUCCGGAAGUCGAUGCUGCUGCCGAGGUCGAAGACGGGGAAGAUUCUGCCCCUGAGGUAUCGGUCACCCAGACUCCUGCUCCCAAGGCUCGCAAGUCCCGUACCAAGAAAGCACAAGCUCAACCCGAUGCCGAGCCUGAACAAGUCGAGCAAGCUGAGGAAGCCACUCCUGCACCAACGUCUACAGCAAAGACGCCGCGCUCCAAGGGCUCGAAGCGAAAGGUGAAGGUCCCAUACUUCGAACGUGAGGAGGCCGAAGGAUGCGAUCAAGCCGAGACGUCUGCUGAGCCUUCCGUCAAGGAAGUUGCCGCCACUCAAAAGGACCAAAAGCGGGAGAAGAAGCGUAAAUCACGUGCUGAGGACGAACAAAGUACUUCCAACGUUGAGCCAGCACCUAAGAAGGCCAAGGUCAGCACAAAGAAAAAGCCAGCUAAGAAAGCCGAUUCCGACGAAGACAACUCUGAGAUUGAGGAAGCAAGCAACGGCUCCAAGAUGGCUCAGGGCCGAAUGACGCAGGCCGAACAUGCUCGCAUCAAGGCGGUAAUCGACUCUUUCCGGGAUGCUAACGGACUCACCAAGCAUGCCGUCAACGAAAUGAUCCACCAAGACCCACGCAAGGAUCCGAAGAAUAGGGAGCUAUGGGGUCUUAUUGUCGAUGCUUGCCCCAACCGGCCACGCAGAAAAGUGGUCAACUACUGCAGGCAGAACUUCCACAACUUCCCUGCCCGUGGUUCAUGGACCAAGGAGCAGGAUGAGGAAUUGGAGAGUAUGCUGAAGCUGCACGGCCAAAAGUGGACGCUAAUCGGUGGUCUCAUCAAUCGCUUCCCGGACGAUGUUCGUGAUCGGUACAGGAACUAUCUGGCUGCCGGGGGCAAGAACAGAAAAGAUUACUGGUCCGAGGAGGAAGAGGAGCGCUUCCUCAAGGUCGUUGCGGAGGCCAUCGACAAGAUCAAAACCAGCAUGGCCAAGGACAAGAAGAAGUCCGAGGACGAAUCACCGGAAAGCCUGAUCAACUGGCAACAGAUCAGCACGGCCAUGAAUCACACCAGAACUCGCCUUCAAUGUUUGCAAAAGUGGAAGACGUUGCGUAAGAAUGAGGCUUUGCCCGACAGCAUCAUGGUCAAGCUUCCCGAUGGCGAAUCCUCUCGCCUGGAUAAGGCUCGCAAGGACUUGCGCAAAAUCACACCCGAAGACAAGGCCCUUUUGGUGCGUGCCAUCCGAGACUCUGGCGCUGACCGCGAAAACAAGAUCAAGUGGAAAGAAAUCCAGAAAGACGUUUUCGACAAACAGUACGCCAAGACUGCUCUCACGGUCACCUGGGGUCGCUUGAGACAAGCCGUGCCGCAAUGGGAAUCCAAGUCCACCCAAGAGUGUGCCAAAUACCUUUGCGACAUGUACGAGCGCGAUGCCGACUGGAAGGGCGAUGAGGAAGUCGGUGACGACGCGGAAGAUGAUGCCGAUGCCAGAUCUACUGUCAGCAGACCUGCUUCCGUGGUGGUCUCGUCUACACAACAGACCAAGAUCUACCGCACACCAAGAGUCGGCCUGUGGGAUCCCCCAAAGGAAACCAAGACCAAUCUCAGCAAUGUGUUUGCCGAAUCUUCAGACAAUGAGAUGCGCGGUCGGACUUCUCAGCGGGCGAGAGAGCGCGCAAAGCGGUUAAAGGAGUCAGAAAAGGCGUCAUCCAAGUCAAGGAAGUCACAACUUUCGGAGGCUAUUGUCCAAGAUGAGGACUCCGACGAGGAGGAGGUUGAAGAGAGCAUCAACGGAGAUAUUGCUGCCGUCAACGGCAAUGACAACCAAGACUUCGAAAUGGAUGAUGCUCCGGAGGUUGAUGCCGAGGAAGACGACGAAGAGUCGGAGCCAGCACCAUCAGCGCCCGUUGUUCAGAGUCGAGCCGUGAGCGUCGACCUCGGCGAGCCCUCCUUCAUCUCAAGCCCACAACUUCCGACCUCCGCCCAGAAACCCCAAGACUACUCCGAUGACGAUGACGAGGACAUCAUCGCCACCACAUCCAAGGCCGCCGCCCUCAAAGCCUCCAAAAAGGCAGCAGUCCGCACCUACGGCAAGGCCUCCAAGUCAACCAAGUCUAAGCGCAAAGAAAAGGAUCUCGACCUGGACGUCCCCCUCGUCCUCGGCGCUGCCGUCCCCUCCCUCCCGCCGCCAUCUACCUCUCUCACAGCAAGUCACCCCCAGCUGAGCCCCAAGCGUCCCGCGGCAUCCCAAGCCCGCCGUCCCUCGUUCAACGAAAACAACGAAUCUGACCACUCUGAUGCCCCGGCCAACAGUCAACAUAACAAAAAACGCCGCAUCCUCACUCGCCAGCCAUCCGUCCGCACGACCGAGACCAUCAUCAAGACUACCGCGUCCGUCGUCAAGGCUAGCAAGCGGAGGAAACCCAACACUUUUGGAGAUGACUCCGCAGCAGCAGCAGCAGACUCCUCCGAGGUCGCCAUCGCCUCAGCCGUACCUGAUCACUUACUCCUCGAUCUGGUAGAAAUGGACGGUAACCUCGCAGACGACAGCCUGGUUUCCCUAGACAGACCGGGCGACGUGGUUGGUGGUGUGGGCAGGGAGAAGAAGGUGGCUAGUAAGGCGAAGCAGGUCCGCAAAAACUUGGCUGCUAGUGGUAGUGUUUCGGUGGCGUCUACGCCGGCGCCGUUGGUGAAGAGCAAAGCCCCUUCUGUUGUUUCACAGGUUCAGGACACGUAUAGUGUUAUUAGCAGCGAUAUGGAUGAUAUGGAGGAUAUUCCGGCUGUGUUGCCUGCUUUGAAUGGGACACAGGGUUAGAGGAUUGGAGGAAAAUGGGCAUGGUGGUUGAUGGAAGAUGGAUGAUGCUGGAAAUGACCAAUUGUGUCACUGGCAGGAAUGGAUGGAUUCGGGAGUGAUAAGGGUGAUACGAAUUGAAAGCAAGAAGGAUUAGAUUAGGGUUAAAUCAUUGCAUUCAGGACCUGUGUUAUAGGUUUAUGGUAUGGAUGGUUCUUUGUGGACUGCCUCAAAGGAAGCUCAAAAGAAGCGUGCGUUUGGUUUCGGUUGUUGCAUUGCAUUGCAUUCAUGGUCAUCAUUGCUUGAGGUUUUUGUGAUCGGAAGUGAAAUCGGAAGUGGACUGGAUUGGAGGUUGCUGAAGUUGAAGCGUUCGGAAUCAGAAGGAGCAGAUCAAGUCCAGUUAGCUAGCGGUCUCAUGGGUUCAUGGUCAUCCAAGAAGAUAAGCUGAGUCGUGGUCGCUAGUUAGGUACAUGGACGAAGA